GAUUUAGUUCCGGGUAUAUGUAAGUUUUCUGCAACUUUUGCUCCUCCUGUACUGUUUUCCAUUUUAUCCGUAGACGGAGAAUUGUUCCGUGGCCUGCAGCGUCAAGAUGCCCUUGGUGUCAUGUGUGCAUCAAAUGGCCGACCAUGUUUUGUUACAGCGAGCUUGUUUUGGAUGUUUUGAUGCAUCGUUCUCGUUGCAUGCCGGAGCUAAAAGUAGUGGCUCCGAUGCUGUCCUGCUUCUAGAUUUCCGACUUUAGUGUUAGCGCUAUCCAUUUAUUCAAUUCUCUUCAUGGCGAUUAUUUGCGGUACAAACUCUACGCAAAACUUUUGAUUUACGUUGAGGUCGACGAAACGGCUGCGCUGGUCCUGGUCCGUCCCUUUCGUCGCUUUGAAGAUUCAUAAUUUUUGGAAGACCGAUAAUACAUUAAUACAACAUCACUGCAAAAAAUAAAGUAGUGACUCGCCCCCUGUCAUAAAAAGAUGGGUCAAGGCCACAGUAGCCACGACUCUGCUGGAGUCUUUAUUGAGCUGGACGAGUACUCUGUGUAUCCAGGGUCGGUUUUGCGCGGCCGCAUCCACGUGAAUGUGACCAACCAGGUUACCCAGCUGAAGUCUCUCAGCCUGAAACUCACCGGGUAUGAGGAAACCAGCUGGCGCACGGUCCACGUCCGGCGGCAGCGGAAGGACAGAAACAACAACGAUAACUUUGGGACCAAUCGCGAACACGGUCUUUAUCAGGAUAAUUUCAAUCAGGACCACCCGCAAGGAAGAGACAGAGACUUUGGUGGUGAUGAAGCCAGCAAGUUUAAAAACAUUUCCGACGAAUACGAGGAGAUCGAAGAGAUCAAACACCACGACGGGCGCCACGACUUUUUCAAAUUGACUCGUCCCGUUUCCAACGGCGGGGCGUUUUUGUCCUGCGGCCAGUACUCCUUCCCGUUCGAAGUUUACCUCCCCGACGACCUGCCGGGGUCCUGCACCGUGGGGCGACACCCGAAAUUCGAUCCGCACCUGCGCCACAACGAGAAGUAUUUCCACGCGAUGUGUAAGUACAAGAUCAAGGCGUUUCUCGAGAUAGUGAAAAACCCGGAGGACCGGUCCUGGUUCAGUUCCAGGGAGAAGACCGUGAAGUGCUCGCAGGAGUUAUUACCGUGAAAAAUGCCCCCACCCCUGAAAUUGCAAAAAUUUGUGAUGCGAAGUUUCCGAAUGAAAACUUUUUGUCAUGCAUGAAAGGAGUAUGAAUCUUUCUGAUGCAGAGUUUAGGCGUAUGUAGCAUUGCUUGGAUGACAAGCGCCGCUUUUGCUGGGAUCUGAUGCAAUACAAAUCUUCACUAUUCACGAUUGGAAAUAAUCUGUGAUGCUGCUAGAUGCAAGAGGGCGAGUGUUUCUGUUGGAAAAGUUUGCAAUGCAAAUGCUCCCAAGUUCGGGGGUGGGGGCGUUUUUCAUGGUGAUAGGAGUUCCAGAUCAUUAACCGCUGUCCGCCCGCGCGGGCGUGCUUGAAGCAGAUGUCCACGGAAAUCAAGAUUUGCGGCUGCUGCUGCAGUAUGAAAUGCAAAAGCAUCGUCAUUAGUAUAAAUCGCAUGACAAAUCUCCUCAGCGUGAGAAAUAGAAUUUGUAGUGCGGAUUCAACUUGAGAAAGAAAUUUGUAAUGCAUGAAUGCGAUUAGUACGACUACGAUACUUUUGCACAGGAUAUGCGGCAAGGGAACCUGCGACGUGUGCGUGCAGAUGGGCCAGGAUGCGUUCCGGAUCGGGGACCAAAUUCAGGUCCUUGCGUAUCCAAUGUUGCUGAAAAGUGCGAUGUCCAGGCGAAAAAGCGCCAUGCGUAUCCGAUGUUGUUGUUGAAAACGAAAAGUGAAUAUCUCAUCUGAGGCAAAUAAUAAGUUUCCAAAAGGUCGUCGCGGUCGGGACGAAUUCGUGUUACUAGCAUAUGCAAGGAGAGGAGUGCGUCCAUUUGGAGCCUUCGCAUUGCAAAUACUUUCGAAAUAGUUUUGGGCAGCAGGAGAUCGCGCUUUUCAACAUGAUAUGGCGAAAUUCGACAACUCCAACACCACUGCGGAGUUGAACGAGCUGCGGCUCACCCUGCAUAUGCUGGGCAAAGCUUUCUCGGUCUGGGAGUGCAAGACUUGAGCUGCUUGUUUGCCAUGACGGUAGAGCUUUGCUCGUCGUCCAGGACGAGGGCCUCUUGAUUGUCAUGCGAGCGCGCUGUUCCUCACGCGGAAUGCCGCGCAACACGUACUUUUUUGCCGCUCAUAUAUCGAUUUCUCAUGCUUGGCCGUGCACGACAUACUGUAAAAAGAAAAAAAGAAAAUGAAAAACUGUCCAUCUUCAUUCACAGCGGAGCAUAUAGUACAACUCUCGUCCACACCCAGACAAACAUAUUUGCAUUUGAUACUGCACCGCGUUAUCCAAUUGCGUUCGACCAACACGAAUGAGCAGUACAACGAAAGGAAAAUGAUUUGCCAGGACGUGAAGCCCGGCUGCCCGGCCGGCAUCACCAAGGAGGAGAUGUUUUACAUGACCCUCCCCGGACAGACGACGGAGCGGGGAAAUUACAACUACGAUAAUGGUGCGGACUCCAACGUCGUGCCAACCUGCCAGGGUGGCUUAGUGCAGGUGUACUACGAGCUGGAGGUUCGGGGCUCCGUGACGUGUGCCAACGAUCCGGUGGUGUCUUUACCCGUGUUUAUUUACAGCACGCCCCCGGUGUACAUGCGGCCGCAGAUCGCCGAUUGGAAGCCCCAGGUUAGUUCUUCUUUUUUUUCUGUUUCUAAUGCGCGCGAACCUAAAUAAUGCGAGCAGGACAUUUUCAUUGAAUGAAAAAAUAUGUUGUAUGCAUGGAUUCGUCAAUGGGCGUCGACUUCGUGCAGCAGGUCUGUGUGAAAUGUGCCAUAGUCCACUGUGUCCGCAUGUAGAUACUCUUCAUGAGAAAGGGUCGGCAUCGAGACAGAUGAAGGAAGGGCAGUUGGUGAAAAAAGUUUUGAUAUCAUCUUUCAACGCACGGCAGGUUUUCCAAGUGACUGUGGUGUCCGACAUUCCUUGCCAGAUGGGGUUUAUGGGCCGCAAAUAUUUCCGGGUCUGGAAAGUUGUGAUGCUCACUCUUGAGAUACAUCUGCAGAUGCACAGCAUCUAAGCAUAACAAAUUCAUUGCCAAACCAGCAGUUGUGUGCAUUGCGCAUCGUGCAUGACAAGAAGUUCCCCACCCCCCUCCUCACGGCUGGUAGGCCGAUCGGCUGACGAGGUGGGUCGGAGGAUGUCGCUACAUCAUUCGUUUAUUUUCGCAUGGCAGGCGAGUGGGCCCCCUUGAAACCCAAGCAAACAAGCAAAGUUUUCAAUUGUGCCAGUUGUAGCCAAGCAUCGCACGUCUUGGAAUCGUCCAGACCCAGACAUGUUUGCAAUGCACAGGGUUCGUCAACGUGGUACCAAAAUCUGAAACCUGUCCCCUUCGCCUCAAACGCAUAUGGUUUUGUUUGGCGAUUUUUUUUUGUUUACCGCAUGUUUGUUAGUUUUACAAAGGAGUGUGAUGCAGCAUUUGGUUUUGUGUAUCGCCAUGCAAAUGUUUGAAAGCCAAGUCAAUACUACAACGCGCGUGCCGGGGACAGUUUUCGCUUUGAUAGGCGCCCACGCAGCAGACCAUGCAGCCAGUGGGGGGAAUCGGUUAUGGCACGAUGAAUCAGCCCGCAAUGGUGCCCCAGCAGACCACGGGGAUGGUCCCCCAACAAUCUCCGGGAAUGGUGCCGCAGCAACCGGGAAUGAUGCCGCAGCAACCGGGAAUGAUGCCGCAGCAACCGGGAAUGAUGCCGCAGCAACCGGGAAUGAUGCCGCAGCAACCGGGAAUGAUGCCGCAGCAACCGGGAAUGAUGCCGCAGCAACCGGGGGUGGUGCCGCAGCAACCGGGGAUGGUGCCGCAGCAACCGGGAAUGAUGCCGCAGCAAUACAACUACCCGAACCUGUACCAUCAGCAGGCGUCGUGUAUCAACUUGAAUCGUUGUACUAACUAACGUUCUUCUCGCGACCCCUGAAAAAUUAGAAUAGAAAUACACACCGCAACCAAGAAGAGUUUUGUCAUCUUUGAUUUGCCGCGAUGAAGCAAUUGGACAUGCUGACUUUUGCCAUAUCAUCAUCGCUGGCAAAAAUGUAGCAGUGUUGCUUGAUCGCGAGCUUCAUUUUCAUUAAAGGUUCUACUUGGAGCCAGUAGAAAGCUAUUGCCUCUGCUUUUCCUGCUCGCCUUUUCGCAGUAAAUGUAAAAUUGGUUUGAAAUACUCUUCCUCGGCGAUCGACCUUUGCAUUGAUGAUUCCAAAACUUCGGACGAUGACUUGUUUCAUGGACAAGCUCGCACUUGCAUCGACGCCAGAUAAAGAACCGCUGCAGAUACUAAAAAAAUGUUUUAUUUCGUCGGGGCGGGAGGUCUCAGCGACUGGUUUCAAGUUGAUACCCGUGGGCAACAACAAUCCGGCUAUCAAAUUGAAGAAAAAAUCGCCACCGCACUACCGUAAAUUUAUGUGAUGAUGUGGGAUGUUAAUGUUUCCAGGCCGACCAGAAUAAAUUUGUAUGAAAUCUUAUUGCGUCUGCGUCGGUCUUCACGGGAAAUUCAAAUUCGAUACGCCAGAAAGCGAGAGGAGUCCGUUCUUGAGGCGGAUUCCAGCGGUACGUUCCGAGGGUGUCCUCUGGGCUUCCAGAGCAAAAGGAUCUGGGUCGACUGGUACCUUGCUUCGUCAGAUGCACCAACUAGCCUCUCCUCCAAUUAUGCCAUGCGAUAAAAAAGUGUUCAUUCGCGAGCAGGGAAGAUUAUGCAGGAUCUGAAAGUAUGAUCGCAGACACUCACGUUUUCGCGUGGAAUUGUGCGGGAAAUGGUGGCGCUUUUUUCCCUUUGAUAUUGAAAUUGCAGCCGCUAAUACCCUCGAAUUCGGCCGACUUUGCUGGGCGGUGAAAAGAUGUGCCUUCAAAGCAGCUCAUUUUCAAUCCGGGAGAGGCCAGAGGAAUCUGUUUUGUUUCACGCAGACUACAAGAAUACUACGCAAGAAGUAUUUUCACUUUGCUUAUACUACGAUUUUAUCGAAAUGGGAAAGCAAGAGGAACCAACUCGCAAUUCAGUGCGCACUGCAACUCUCCGAGACGGAGAUUUAAUGUGGAAUGCGGUUACAGUUAUACUUGGAUAUUAAUUUGGCUUUGGCAACAGUUUUGUUUAUACUAUUUUUGUUUAUUUUUUGCAUGGUGGAAUGAUGAGCAGAGGGCACACUACUGCAAAUUGUUGGGUUAGUAGAGCAGAUGAUAAAGCUGAGUGGCGACUGUGUAUCACGACGAAGCGAGGUGCUGAAAAAAUUUUGGGUUCGCCUGCGCAGUCUGGUGUCUCGCAGAGAUGUCAGCGUAGAUUUCUUCAAUCAUUAUGGCUAAGUACGAAAGACAAAUCCUAAAAUC